GUCUGUCGCUGACCUUUUUUUCUUUGCCGCCCACGCGAGUCCACUUUCUGACCUACCUUACCUCGUCUUGAGAGUCGAGCUACCUAACCACCCAUCUACCAAGAAGCUGUUCGACGUCAAAGAUCCGGAGCUUUCAAACACUCCCUCUUCAGUAGCACUUCUUGGCUUGACAACUGGUUAAGACCGACAAGAUGUCAGCCGACGACCAGCAGUUUCUGGACGUUCUGUCCUCGCUGCCCAACAAGAUUCGGGGCUACUCUGACGACCUCGCAAACCUUAUCAACCCCACCGUCGACAAGGCUGCACAGGCCGUACGAGAGACGCUGUCCUCCUCAGAAUGGCUGCCCGACUCGGUGCGGCCGAAGCCCCCCGUCCGCCACAUUCCCAUCGAGGUGAUAGCUAUCAGCCGGUACGAGAGGCUGCACGGCUGGGUGAAGGAGCACAAGCUGUUGACUGGCGCCAUCGUCGCUGUCGUGGGAGUCGUGGCAUACCGAUCGUACAGGAGUAGCAGGUUCUGCAAGAAGACGCGCCGGGCGAAACGGGCUCGGAACGGUGGCCGUCUCGAGGUUGUCGUUAUCGCGGGCUCACCGACACUACCUUUGACGAGAUCGCUAUCACUCGAUUUCGAGAGGAGAGGAUUCAUCGUGUACAUCGUUUGCAAUGCUGAGGAGGAUGAGAGCAUGGUGCACAGCUUGGCAAGGCCGGACAUUCUGCCUUUGACCAUUGACACAACGGAUCCCCCAAGAGCAGGCGCAGCCAUCGACAGCUUCGCGCAGUACCUCCAAUCACCACACGCCCCGGUACCGCGAACGAGGCCCAACCAUCUGCAGCUCAAGUCCGUCAUCCUUAUCCCUUCGCUCAACUAUCAAACUUCACCCAUCGCCACGAUCCCGCCCUCCAGCUUUGCAGACCUCUUCAACACCCACCUUCUCCACCCCAUCCUCACCAUCCAGGCCUUCCUGCCGCUCUUGACAACCCGCCUUAGCCCGCCCGGAGAGAAGUGGACGCCGCCAAAGGUCCUCGUCUUCACUCCUUCCAUCAUCUCCUCCAUCAACCCCCCCUUCCACGCCCCCGAGGCAACGGUCUCCUCCGCCCUAUCAGCCUUCACCGAGGUCUUGACGGCAGAACUGCGACCUCUCGGCAUCCCCGUGACCCACAUGCAGCUGGGCACAUUCGACUUCACCGGCUUCCAGCCCGCGAAGAACACUCACCCCUCCCAGAGAGGUCUCCUUGAAGGCGGCCCCGGUGUCGACGCCGACGCUACGGAGACCCUCAUGUGGCCCGAGAAUGCCCGCCACGCCUAUGGACGCAACUUUGUCAUGCAGAGCACCUCAGCCAUCUCGGCCGGUCGCAUCCGUGGUUUGAAGGGCAGCUCUCUCCGUCACCUCCACAACGCAGUCUUUGACGUCAUCGAUGGGUCCAUCACCAGCGGCACCGUCCGCGUCGGCCUGGGCGCCAGCGUCUACGGCUUUGUCGGCCGCUGGGUGCCCCGCGGUCUCGUCUCCUGGAUGAUGGGCAUCCGCCGCGUGGACGAGCUGUCGGCGUGGCAGACGAGCUCUUAUGAUGGAUCACUCGACGGCAGCGACAACGACGAGAACCAAGACUUUGUUGCUGUGCCCGACGAGAAGUUAGAUAGCAACGUUUGGAAGUCAUCUUAGAAGGACAUGGCUCUGGCUAGAGUCUCGCAUUGGGAUAUGCCUUCACAAAGGAUGUUCAAUCGAACCAAGAGAUGAACCCUAGUUAAGAUGCUCGACUAGGCAUAGGAGCCAACGAGCCAGCCGGCUGCUGAUGUUAGCCGUAGCCGACGACGCUAGGCUACUGAGGAAUGCGUUUAGGUGAGGGGGCUAUGAUGAGCCAUCUGGCCGUGUCAGCGAGUGAAACCGAGAGCGGUUUCUGAAAGGCCUAUGAUUGACGAACUCCACUCGGAUCCCAAAAGGAAAGACAUUACCACAUCGUUACUCGUUGGAUUAAGCGUAUAAUUAUGAUAGUAAUUCAGCGUUGUAUCGUGGCUGAGCCCGUGGCUCUCUACACCCCUUCUCUCAUAUACCUUGCAAGUCUCA